AGCGCCGCCAGUCGUCUCCCUCCACCGCCGCAUCCGCACCCGCAACUGCAGCACGCGACUCGCUCGGCACCCUCGCCUUUGACGACGAGGGCGACCACGACGACGGCGACGUCCUCGCCGCCUCGAGCGACGACGAGGCCGCACUCGAGGCCUUCCCUGAACUCGACCUCGCCGCGAGCGACAACGACGACGACGACUCGUUCGACGGCUCAGUCGGCAGCGACGACGAGGAGGACGACGACGACGACGAGGCCCAGCUCCGCGCAGAGCUCGAGGACGAGCAGAACGAGAUCUUGUCCGACGACGACGCCGCCGACGACGACGACGACACGUCCGACCUCGACGAGCUCAUCCGGCGCAACACGUUCAAGCCUGACGAGGGCGUCGCCGAGGCGAGCUCGAUCCCGGGCCAGAACGCCGCCAUCGGCGAGCGCGACGGCCACAACGACCUCCCGCUCGACUACAUGCGCCGCAGCCGCACCGUCAAGAGCAAGCUCACGGGCAAGGCCAAGACGCAGUGGGACGACGACAUCGAGCCCGACUACGCCAGCGAUAGCUCGACCGAGGAUGUCGACAACCGCGUCGGCAACAUCCCGUCGUACUGGUACGACGACCUGCCGCACAUCGGCUACGACAUCGACGGCAAGAAGGUCAUGCGCCCGGCCACCGGCGACGAGCUCGACCGCUUCCUCGAGGGUGUCGAGGACGCCGACGGCAUGUGGACGACCGUCACCGACAAGUUGCACAAGAAGGACGUCCAGCUCACGCAGGAGGAGCUCGAGCUCAUUCAGCGCCUCGCCAAGGGCGAGAACCCGGACGCCGACUACGACCCGUACGCGCCGACGAUCCCGUACUUCUCGUCGCAGGUCAUGGACAUGCCCCUGUCGGCGCGACCCGAGCCCAAGUCGCGCUUCCUGCCGUCCAAGUGGGAGCACAAGAAGGUCAUGAAGAUCGUGCGCGCCAUUCGCGCCGGCCGCAUCACGCCGAGGCGGCCCGGCGCACCGCGAGCGCCCGAGAAGCCGCGGUUCUACGGCCUGUGGACCGCCGACGACGUUCCCGCCGCGCCGCACGCGAUGCACAUGCCCGCGCCCAAGAUGGCCCUCCCGUCGCACGCCGAGUCGUUCAACCCUCCUGCCGAGUACCUGUGGACCGAGGAGGAGGAGCGCGAGUUCAACGAGCUCGAGCCCGAGGACAAGAAGGGCAAGGUCGUGCCGCGCAAGUUUGCGUCGCUGCGGCACGUCCCCGCCUACGGCAACUUUGUCCAGGAGCGCUUCGACCGCUGCCUCGACCUGUACCUCGCCCCUCGUGCGCUUCGGCGCCGCCCCAAGCUCGACAUCAAGGACCCGAGCGAGCUCUUGCCGCGCCUCCCGUCGCCGCAAGAGCUGCGGCCGUUCCCGACGACGCGCUCCGUCACCCUCGACCCGACGGGCAUGUGGGUCGUGACGGGCGCCGAGGACGCGAGGUGCGACUGUGGAGACAGCGGUCGGCCGUGCGCCAUGCGGUGGAAGGUCGGCGGCGCCGGCGAGGCCGUCUACAGCGUCGAGUGGUGCCCUGACCGCGAGAAGAGCCUGUUCGCUGUCGCCACCGCCAACAAGGUCCACCUCAUCGCGCCUCUCCCCCUCCUGUCCGACGCUGUCGCCGCCCGCACCUCGGCCUUUGCACUCGCCGGCUUCAACGCUGCGGCGACCGACGACGAGGGCAACAAGAUCCGGCCCGUCGCGCAGCCCGAGGGCGUCGCGUGGUUCAAGCCUCGAGGCGUGAGCGAGCGCGAGGAGGGCCGUCUCGUCGAGCUCGAGGUGCCCGGUCACGAGCUCAAGCAGGUCACGUGGCACAAGCGCGGCGACUACUUUGCGACGGUCGCUGCUCCCGCCGGCGCGCGCAGUGUCCUCAUCCACCAGCUGUCGAAGCACCACACGCAGGCGCCGUUCGCCAAGCUCAAGGGCGACGUGCAGCGGGUCCAGUUCCACCCGCUCAAGCCGCACUUCUAUGUCGCGACGCAGCGCCACGUGCGCAUCUACGACCUCAUGAAGCAGCAGCUCGUCAAGACGCUCAACCCGGGCCUCAAGUGGAUCUCGAGCCUCGACGUGCACCCGCUCGGCGACCACGUCCUCGUCGGCUCGUACGACCGCCGCCUCGUGUGGCACGACCUCGACCUGAGCGUGACGCCGUACAAGACGCUGCGGUACCAUGCGCGUGCCCUGCGCAGCGUCGCGUUCCACCCUACGCUGCCCCUGUUCGCGAGCGCGUCCGACGACGGCAGCGUGCACGUGUUCCACGCGACCGUGUACGCCGACCUCUUGACGAACCCGCUCCUCGUGCCGCUCAAGGUGCUGCGGGGACACAGCGUCACCGACAGCCUCGGCGUCCUCGACGUCAAGUGGCACCCUCGCGAGCCGUGGUGCGUCUCGGUCGGGGCGGACGGCGUCGGCAGGCUGUGGUGCAACUAGACGGGGCGGCUCUGUGCGUCGGCGGUGCAGCAGCAGGGGGCGCAAGGUGUUCAGGAGGUCCUGUUGUACAUGUACAGGCGUGCAUUGCCCGGCUCUCGUUCUCUCCUCUC